AUGGCCGUUGGUGUCUCGCUGGCCGCAGCCGAAGAGCUGGCGAAAAUAGGAGUCAAUGCUGAAGUAAUAAACCUACGAUCACUCCGUCCGUUGGAUGAGGAAGCGAUUAUCAACUCUGUGAAGAAAACUCACCGCUUGGUUACUGUGGAGGGAGCUUGGCCAACAUGCGGAAUCGGGGCUGAAAUAUGCGCACGCAUAAUGGAGAGCGAGGCAUUCUUCUAUUUAGACGCUCCAGUUUUGCGCGUAACCGGAGCCGAUGUACCGAUGCCCUAUGCAAAACUUCUAGAACACGCCUGCAUUCCUGAGGCGCACAAUGUGAUAAAAACGGUGAAGAUGAUGCUUAAUAUUCAAUAG